AAAAUUUUUGCGAGCACACACAGACUGUGCAAGCGCAGCCCGGACGACAGCAGGGCGCGAAUCGGGGCGCCAACAAACACAACACUCAUCGCUGCCGAAGCUGCACCCAGAAUUGCAACUAGUUUGGUAGGCUGCCCCAAAGUUCAGAGGCAGAGACGAUGAUGAUAAUGCGGCUUGCGCUCCUCCUCCUAUUGGCAUAUGCCGCGGAAGACCACAUCAAGCCCGCAGAAUUUCUAAGUAAAUGGGGCACCGACGAGCUCCCCCCCGACGCGUCGAUCUCGACGCCAUCGUUAGCGGAGGCCUGGAUGAAGCGCGGGUUGAAAGCGCGUGACGCCGGCGCCCUGGAAGCCGCAGUAAGAGCCCAGUGGCGCGGCGCCUUCCACGCGCCGUUCUUUGCGCACUCCUGGCGGCACCUCGGGAACGCGCUGCUCCGGUCGGCGGCCUACGACCUCAGUUGCGAGUACGCCGUCGAGGCGCGCCACGCGCUCUCGCUCGCGUACUUUCAUCUGAGGGAUGCGCACGCGGGCAAGGGGCUGCAAGCCCUGGACGCCAUCGGCGAGCUGGGGGACUGCUAUGUUGACGAUCUGGAGCUGGACAAAGCCGAAGGCGCGGCGCUGCGCGCGCUCGCCGCUUUGGAUGCGGACCGGGGCCAGGCGCCGGCCGCGGCGGACGCCGUCGCUACGUACUGUGACGACUUGCAAGGCGUCCGCGUCGAGGGUGUGCGAAUGUUCUCACCACGCAUCGCGCGGCGCUUCUACGCGGCGCUUCGGAUCUGCGGCGUCGUAUCCCUGGGCGAGCUAAUUGACGAAGACACGCUCCAAGCAGUUGCACAGCUAGAAGCUGCUACCCGAUCAUCCUUCGAGGCCGGUCAGGGCGGGAAAGGCCUCGCUGCCGCGGCUUUGAGCGAUCCUCGCGUCCGAGGCCGGGGCCAGAACCGCUUCGAGGUCGAGUUGCCGGCAUUGGCGCUGAACGCGAGCGUCGUCGCGCACCCCGUGCUCCACCCUCUGAUAGGCCUGGCGCUCGGCACGGCCGGUGUGGAAUUAGAUGCGAUUUCCUCGGUCGUGGCCUACCCCGGCGCGGCCCUGCAGGACCACCACGCGGACACGUCGGAGAUUGUGGACGUAUUAAGGCGGCAAGGGGAGCUGCCUCAGCUUCCAGCCCAUGGGGCCAUAGCAAUUGUACCCUUGGUACCACUGGACCCCAAAAAGAACGGCGGUACGCAAUUCGAGCUCGGGUCUCAUAUUUCGAGACUACGCGACACGGAACUCCGGACGCGGCCCGCCAUCUCCAAUUCUGGCGACGCAUAUAUCUAUGAUCUGCGCACGCGCCACGGCGGCCUGCCUCAUGCCGGGUCCGCCCCGCGGCCGCUGUUAUCGUUACCCUACGUGAAGGACUGGUACGUGGACGCCGUGAACCACCCGACGCGCCACACCGAGGCCUUCGACGCGGUCAACGACACGACGCUGAAGAAGCUCCUGGUGCGCGUCGACGCGCGGCGCCACCACGAGGACCUCUUCGCGGCGCGUGGUGGGGUUUGUGAUAAUGUUUAGUACGUACACGUCAA